AGGGAGCUAAGCUUCUGCUUCUGCUGACUGAGUUAGGUCAUGCUUGUGUGUAUGUAUGUAUUAGUCUAUUGAAGAUCAGUCUGUUGUCUGUCAUACUAAUAGGAGAGUGUUGUGUCAUACAUCGCGUAUAUAGUUUUAACUAUAUAAAUCAUCCCACGUAUUUUGUAUUACAUAUUUAUUUUAAAAUAUCGUCUCAUGCUGCAUCCAGCGUGAUCUAACGUUUCUAGUUGGAUAUUGUGACUACAUAUACAGCAAUAAAGACAUUCCCAUAAGCGUCCAGUUUUCAUUGUGUUGACUGUAGAUACAAAAGUGCAAAAACUAUUGUUGAAUAUAGAUUGUCAAGCUUGAAAAGUAUCAACAAAAAUGUGCAGUAUCAUACACCUAAGUAAUAUAAUGUGUUGCGAAAUAGUAUUAUGUUCAGUGUCCCUCUUCGCACAGAGUUAAUAACAUUCUUAUCUUCUUCCUGAAAGAAAAAAGUUAACAAGCCUAAAGGUUCCCUUAAAAAAUGCAUGGAUUUCUUGAACUAACUUUAAGCAGUGCUUUAUUGUGGAUGGUUUUACAAGCUAUCUGGAGCAUUUUAAUCAGUGGUUUUUAUUAUUUUUGUGUACCAUGGAUUAUUUGGGGUACUGUAGUCAUUAUGAUUGGAUUAAAAGUAGCCAGAAUUCCACCGCCAAAUUUACAGAUAAAAAACGAGGUGCUUGGAGUGAAUCCUCUUUUACCAAAAAAUGAUAAUAAUAUAUCCAAGGAUCAUGGUAAUGGAGAGCAGUUUUGCAUGCGAGUGGUGGCUCAUCGUGGUGGAGCAUAUGAUUAUCCUGAGAACAGCUUAACAGCCUUUCGUAAAAGCAAAGAGAAGGGUUGCAAAGCAGUUGAACUUGAUGUAUUCCUCACGAAGGAUAAUGUUCCUAUAGUAUUUCAUGAUCCAACAAUUGAUAGAACUACUGGAAAAAAUGGACGUAUAAAAGAUAUGACAUGGGAUCAAUUAAGAGAGUUGGAUAUCAGCCAAAAUCAUCCACUCAAAGACAAGUUUAUUAAUGGUGAAAAUAUUCCAUUACUUGAUGAAGCCUUGGAGAUAUGUUUAAACAAUGAUCAAAGGAUCAUACUAGAUAUUAAAGAAACUAGAACAGAAAUUGUACAAACAAUUUUAGAUGCAUAUAAAAAAUAUCCAAAAUUAUAUGAGAGAGGAAUUGUGUCCAGUUUUAACCCUAUCGUUGUAUACAUGAUUAGAAGAAAAGAACCGAAAAUUGUUGCAAGUUUAGCAUGGAGACCACAUUAUUUUUCAAGACUAACAUAUUCUGCAUUUGAGAAACCUGGACCAAUGCGUUUUAGGAAUCCAAUUAAACAUUUGGUGGCUUGUGUAAUUGAUUAUGUUUAUACAUGGGCAUUUUACCAUUUUGUGUACUAUGUCACAGGUGUUUCACUUGUUUUGUUACAUAAAGACACGAUAAAUCAGUUCAUUAUAAAAGAGUGGUAUAAUCGUGGUAUUCGUGUAAUGGCAUGGACAGUAAAUUUACCAUCAGAGAAAUCGCAUGUCUCACGUUUACUUAAAGUUACUUACAUAACAGACACAUUAUUACAUGAAACAGAUAUGUAAUACCAUACAUACGAUAUGUGUUGCAAGUGAGUGUAUUCUAUUGGUAUAUAAAUCAUUAUUUUCAAUCA